AUGGCCAACGAUGGAAUGGUUCGGAGGCCGGUUGACCAAAUGUUCCUCGAGGAAUCAGAACUCUUUCCAGAAGUGUAUUUGUUAUUUAAUAUACAGAACGAGGUACCAACAGAUUUCCAAUUGCUGAGAACCAAGAGACCCCACUUGAGUUUCAAGGUUCAGAACAGGCAAGAUGUUGGCAUAGCUGAGUUGUACGAUAAAGCUUCAGCUGUGCCACAUGCUGCCAUAUUUGGGCCUAUAUUAAUCGGCACACAUAUGAGAGUUCGAAGGACGGGAUACAAUCAACACGCUAAAAUUGCACUGAUCAUAGGAGAGGGUUAUCCUAGAGGAGUGGUUGUUUCAGACAGAAAAGGUUACACUGAGGGAGUGGUUGUUUCAGACAGAAAAGGUUACACUGAGGGAGUGGUUGUUUCAGACAGAAAAGGUUUCACUGAGGGAGUGGUUGUUUCAGACAGAAAAGGUUACACUGAGGGAGUGGUUGUUUCAGACAGAAAAGGUUACACUGAGGGAGUGGUUGUUUCAGACAGAAAAGGUUACACUGAGGGAGUGGUUGUUUCAGACAGAAAAGGUUAUACUGAGGGAGUGGAUGUUUCAGACAGAAAAGGUUACACUGAGGGAGUGGAUGUUUCAGACAGAAAAGGUUACACUGAGGGAGUGGUUGUUUCAGACAGAAAAGGUUUCACUGAGGGAGUGGAUGUUUCAGACAGAAAAGGUUUCACUGAGGGAGUGGUUGUUUCAGACAGAAAAAGUUACACUGAGGGAGUGGAUGUUUCAGACAGAAAAGGUUAUACUGAGGGAGUGGAUGUUUCAGACAGAAAAGGUUACACUGAGGGAGUGGAUGUUUCAGACAGAAAAGGUUUCACUGAGGGAGUGGUUGUUUCAGACAGAAAAGGUUACACUGAGGGAGUGGUUGUUUCAGACAGAAAAGGUUACACUGAGGGAGUGGAUGUUUCAGACAGAAAAGGUUAUACUGAGGGAGUGGUUGUUUCAGACAGAAAAAGUUACACUGAGGGAGUGGAUGUUUCAGACAGAAAAGGUUAUACUGAGGGAGUGGAUGUUUCAGACAGAAAAGGUUACACUGAGGGAGUGGAUGUUUCAGACAGAAAAGGUUUCACUGAGGGAGUGGUUGUUUCAGACAGAAAAGGUUUCACUGAGGGAGUGGUUGUUUCAGACAGAAAAGGUUACACUGAGGGAGUGGAUGUUUCAGACAGAAAAGGUUAUACUGAGGGAGUGGUUGUUUCAGACAGAAAAAGUUACACUGAGGGAGUGGAUGUUUCAGACAGAAAAGGUUAUACUGAGGGAGUGGAUGUUUCAGACAGAAAAGGUUACACUGAGGGAGUGGUUGUUUCAGACAGAAAAGGUUAUACUGAGGGAGUGGUUGUUUCAGACAGAAAAGGUUUCACUGAGGGAGUGGUUGUUUCAGACAGAAAAGGUUUCACUGAGGGAGUGGUUGUUUCAGACAGAAAAGGUUACACUGAGGGAGUGGAUGUUUCAGACAGAAAAGGUUAUACUGAGGGAGUGGUUGUUUCAGACAGAAAAAGUUACACUGAGGGAGUGGAUGUUUCAGACAGAAAAGGUUACACUGAGGGAGUGGAUGUUUCAGACAGAAAAGGUUACACUGAGGGAGUGGAUGUUUCAGACAGAAAAGGUUUCACUGAGGGAGUGGAUGUUUCAGACAGAAAAGGUUACACUGAGGGAGUGAUUGUUUCAGACAGAAAAGGUUACACUGAGGGAGUGGAUUUUUUAGACAGAAAAGGUUACACUGAGGGAGUGGAUGUUUCAGACAGAAAAGGUUACACUGAGGGAGUGGAUGUUUCAGACAGAAAAGGUUACACUGAGGGAGAGAAUGUUUCAGACAGAAAAGGUUACACUGAGGGAGUGGAUGUUUCAGACAGAAAAGGUUACACUGAGGGAGUGGAUGUUUCAGACAGAAAAGGUUACACUGAGGGAGUGGAUGUUUCAGACAGAAAAGGUUACACUGAGGGAGAGAAUGUUUCAGACAGAAAAGGUUACACUGAGGGAGUGGAUGUUUCAGACAGAAAAGGUUACACUGAGGGAGUGGAUGUUUCAGACAGAAAAGGUUACACUGAGGGAGAGAAUGUUUCAAACAGAAAAGGUUACACUGAGGGAGUGGAUGUUUCAGACAGAAAAGGUUACACUGAGGGAGUGGAUGUUUCAGACAGAAAAGGUUACACUGAGGGAGUGGAUGUUUCAGACAGAAAAGGUUACACUAAGGGAGUGGAUGUUUUAAAUAAGAAAGAGUUAAACUGA